UUCCCGGGGCCGCACCCGCCGCCGCGGGGCCGGGCCGGUGCCGCCGGGCGGGACUACAACUCCCGGCGGGCCGCGCUGCGCGCCCCGCCCCGUGCCGCAGCGGCGGGCGGGCCCCCUCCCGGCCCUGCUCCCGGUGCAGGUGGCCGGGCCGCAGCGGACGCCCCGGAGCCCGGCCACGAUGUUGCGUCUGGCUGCUUUUGCAGCGCUGCUGCUGUUCUUCAGGCUCAGUCUGGAGCUGUCCUGGGCCCAGGCCAUCCCUGGUCUCUUCAUCUUCUACCUGGGAUCCGGUGGAUGGGACUUCUUCCUCAUAGCCAUCAAGACAAUACGAAGGGAUGUCACCACGGGGCUGGUCCUCUUGCGGGUGAAGUGGCAGGUGUGGAGACACGUGAGGGAGAAGAACACAAUUGCCAAGAUCUUCCAGAAGACCGCGAGCAAGUAUCCAGAGAAGACGGCGCUGAUCUUCCAAGGCACAGAUGAGAGCUGGACCUUCCGGCAGCUGGAUGAGUACUCCAGCCAGGUGGCCAAUUUCUUCUACGGCCAAGGCUUCCGCUCUGGUGACGUGGUGGCUCUUUUUAUGGAGUCUCGCAAUCAGUAUGUGGGGCUGUGGCUCGGCUUGGCCAAGAUUGGGGUGGAGACUGCCCUCGUGAACUCCCACCUGCGCAUGGAGGCCUUGCUGCACUGCAUCACCAUCUCCAACUCCAAGGCUGUCAUUUUUGGGGUGGAGAUGAUGGAAGCCAUGCAGGAAGUGCAGCCCUCCCUGGAGAAAUCGGUCCAUCUCUUCUGGUCUGGACAAGGAAGCCCCGAGUCUGCUCUUCCUGGUGCAAAACACCUGGACCCUCUCCUGCAGGCGGCCCAGCGGCACCAGCCAACCCCCCCUGAUAAGGGCUUUCUUGAUAAACUCUUCUACAUCUACACGUCUGGCACGACAGGGCUGCCCAAGGCUGCCAUUGUGGUGAACUGCCGGUACUUCCGCAUGGCCAGCUUAGUUUUUUACGGUUUUCGCAUGAGGCCUGAUGAUGUGAUGUACGACUGCCUCCCGCUCUACCACGCUGCAGGGAACAUCGUGGGGAUCGGGCAGUGCCUGCUGCAGGGCAUGACAGUUGUCAUCCGCAAGAAGUUCUCGGCUUCACACUUUUGGGAGGACUGUGUGAAAUACAACUGCACGAUUGUGCAGUACAUCGGGGAGAUCUGCCGCUACCUGCUGAACCAGCCGUACCAGGAGGUGGAGUGGCAGCACCGGGUGCGCAUGGCACUGGGCAAUGGGCUGCGUGCCUCCAUCUGGCGGGAGUUCAUGGCCCGUUUCGGCAUCGCCCAGGUGGCCGAGUUCUACGGGGCCACAGAAUGCAACUGCAGCCUGGGAAACUUUGAUAACAACGUGGGGUCGUGUGGCUUCAACAGCAGGAUCCUGCCAAAUGUGUACCCCAUCGGUUUGGUGAGGGUGGAUGAAGACACCAUGGAGCUGAUCCGGGGGCCGGAUGGUGUCUGUAUCCGCUGCAAACCAGGGGAGCCGGGACAGCUGGUGGGCCGCAUUGUCAAGAGCAACCCCUUGCAGCAUUUUGAUGGCUACCUGAAUCAGUCAGCCACCAACAAGAAAAUCGCCAGGGACGUGUUUAAAAAAGGGGAUGCUGCUUAUCUCACAGGGGAUGUCCUGGUGAUGGACAAAUAUGGCUACAUGUACUUCCGGGACCGCACUGGGGACACAUUCCGCUGGAAGGGGGAGAACGUUUCCACCACAGAGGUGGAGGGGACCCUGAGCCGCAUCCUCCACCUGAUGGACGUGGUGGUUUAUGGGGUGGAGAUCCCGGGGAUUGAAGGGAAGGCAGGAAUGGCAGCCAUUGCUGACCCAGAGAACUCCUGUAACCUAGAAGUCUUUGCCAGUGAGCUGAAAAAGGCCCUGCCGCUCUAUGCACGGCCCGUCUUCCUGCGGUUCCUGCAUGAAGUCUCCAAGACGAGCACUUACAAGUUCCAGAAGGUGGAGCUGCGGAAACAGGGCUUCAACCCUGCACAGGUGAAGGACAGGUUGUACUUCCUGGACUCCAGGCAAGGCCGCUACCUGCCGCUGGACCAGGCAGCGUUCGAUAGGAUCCAGUCGGGACAGCAGAAGCUGUAACCGGUGGGGCUCAAGCAAGGCACAUCCUCAGAUCCUGCUGGGGAGAAGGGGGCAAGGCAGGCGCUGGGAAAGAAAAGGUUCAAGGAGCGAUAUAAAGGCACACUAGAGAUUUUAUUUGACGAGUUUUACAGAUAAUGGUUUGGGGGGAACCAAGGGGAGGGGGAUGGUUACAUACCAAAGCAUAAACUCAUUAUGGCUUUAUUUUCUACUUGGUACAGUGGUGGUGUUCCCGUGCCGUGGGAGGGGCAGGACCCUGGCCAGUUGAGGAGGGGUGGGGUGGCCCUGCCAUUCCACUUUGCUUUUGCUGUCUUUCCCUCCCCUUUCCUGCCUGCAGCAAGCCUUCCUCGUGGAGGCCAUGAAGGGACCAGUGCUGGGCUCUUUGCCCACUCCUCACCCAAGCAGCCAUCUCCUCCUUGGCACGGGAACCACACUGGCAGAGGGAAGCUGAGUGCCAGUCACACCCCCUGCCCUGUGCGUGGCUCCACUGAUGUGGUUCUGCUGUGAAUCGGGGGAGCAGGGUGAUGCCAUGCUCAGGAGGGGGACAGCGAUGUGUUUCUGCCAUGCCUUGCUCUCUCCUGGGGGUGACAUUUCUAUUUUUCACAAUCACACGCACAUUAUGUUAUGUUAUAUUAUAUAUAUAUAUAUAUAUAUAUUAUACAGGCUGACAUCUUUUUUUCCCAACCUUAAUUUAUUGUCUGUAUGUUUGAAUGUGUCCAGGGUUUGUGCAGUAGGUGGAGGGACAGCCCAGACCUGUCCUCUCUUGGAGAGCCCUUUUCUCUCGCAGGGAGACGGGAGGCUCAUCUGGGACUGAUUCUUCACUUCCAGUGUGGGUGCAGCCGUGUAUGUCCUUGUGGUCUUGCUCCAUGGUGAAGGACAUGAGCGAACCCCGCUAUCUUGUGGACACUUCUCUGGGUCUCUUCCAUCUUUUGUGGAUGCAGCUUUGUUUCGUGCACCUUCAUCCUUGCAGAAAGCAGGUGGGAGAGUGGGAAUGAAGGGCCUGGUUUGCCUUUGCUUGGAUGUACUCAGCACCACGGAGCAGCUCUCAGGGCUUUCCUGCUGCGAUGUCUGUGCCCUGAAUGUGGGAGGCAACUGCUUAGGGGAGAGAAAGUCCUCCACAUACUCUGCAUCCCUUCCCACAAGAGUCCUCCCUGUCUCCACCACAGGAGAUAGGCCCCAAACUGAAAUGUUCACGUUAAACACCUGACUUGUGCUAUGUGAAUUCCUCACGUUGUGUCUGAUGUGAAACAGCCUUAGCAGUGAUGUCUGAUUCCAGCCCUCAGAGACCAUGCAGAAAUGUCUGUUCCAGAGAGAACUCUGGACUGGGGUUUCUUCUUCUUUUUUUAUGAUUUAUUUUUAUGCUUUUAGCAGGGUUACUCUGUCUUUUGUGAGGGCAGAGUGUGUCCGCUCUUCUAGCUGUGCUUCCACACCAACGUAUCUGCCUGCCCCAGUCUGUCCUGUCCUCACGAUUAAAUGCGAGUAUGGGCUA